AUGGCGGACGAUGAUGUGGAUGUCGAAUCGGAGUAUGUUUUGUUGGUAAAGCGUGAUGCCAAAGUGUACCAGGUACCACCAGCAACCUCGGCUUCCGGCCACAGAGCUGCUGAUUGGAAGGAAGCAAUUUGGAGAGGGCACGUUCGCAUCAUUGCACGCGGCAAAACAUUGACCAUUCGGCUGUUGGACAACGGCUCCGACAACUUGUUUGCACAGUGCGUCAUUCCGAAUGGUGAUUACGACCAAUUUGUGGAACGAGUUGUGGAUUCCAGCCGAUAUUGGGUACUGAAAAUUGUCAACGGACCACGCCAUGCUUUCAUUGGCUUUGGUUUCAGUGACAGAAGCGAUGCCUUCGACUUCAAUGCGUGCUUAGCAGAUUUCAAGGCAACCUGGGUGGACAAAGCAAAAGAAGCAGCAGCACUGGAGAUGCUGCCCAUGAAAGAUCUUUCUUUAAAAGACGGGCAAACUUUUACAGUGAAUUUGCCUGGGAGAAAUGGCAGGCGAAGAGAACAGACCGAGCAAUCCGGUGGUGCAGCUGAUGGUUACGGUAGGCUUGCUCCACCUCCACCGGCUGCAACUACGCAGUCGAGUGGCACUUCUGCUGCCGAAAACGUGGACGAGUUUGAUGACUUCGCAGAUUUCCAGUCUGCGGCAGCAACGAAUGUGCCGUGA